CCUCCCCCCCCCCCACCUCAUCUCGGCCUCUCUUCCGCGUACCAACUUCUCUUUGCCCCGGUCCCGGCCCUAGCCCCUCCCUCGCCCCAGCUCCAAUCCCCAUGUCCGCCCCCGGCACCUCGGCCGAAAGUCGCAAUCUCCUCGACCACCCGACAGACGAGGAGGAUGACUUCAGCGACUCGGAUGUCCUCUCGCCCGUGGCCCCGGGCCCCGGGGACCAGCUCAUCGAAAACAUCCAAUCCAACCUGGCCGAGGUGACAGACAGCAUGCGGCGGAAUAUCUUGGGCGCCGUCCGACGUGGCGAGCAGCUCGAGGAGAUCGCCGCCCAGACGGACCAUCUGGCCGACACGUCAAGUCAGUUCAACGACCGGGCUCGCACUCUCCGGAGGGAGAUGCGUUGGAAAAAGAUGAAAAUUCGCCUCAUGAUCGGCCUCCUGAUUCUGGUGUUCCUGGCCUUCUUCUUCUGGAUGGUGUUUGGAUAGAGACGGGUGAUCGUCGUGUUGCCGUCGGACUUAAUCCAAAUAAACACACACUUAAUCGGA